AUGGCUAAUAGUAAAAGUAUAGCAGUACCAAAAUGUAAAAAAGAGAUUAUUGUGAAUUGUUGUUUUCAUAAUGUAAAUAAAAACUUAUUAAUAAAAGAUUGGAUGCUUAGUCAACUUAUUUCAAGUAGGUGAGAAUUAUGAACUCGAAAUAUAACAAAGUGUUAAACUUCCUGCUCAUCAUUUAUAGGAUGAAAAAGUUGGGAUGGAGAAUACUUCUCCACUUUAGAUUCAGGCAAAAAAGAAAUCUAAAUUCUGA